GCGGUGAUACCACUGCUGUAUCGCACACGCUUGCAAUACUUCAGGUAGCAUGUCUGGACGUGGCAAAGGCGGCAAAGGCCUUGGGAAAGGAGGCGCUAAGCGCCACCGCAAGGUUCUGCGCGACAAUAUCCAGGGUAUCACCAAGCCUGCCAUCCGUCGCCUGGCUCGUCGUGGUGGUGUGAAGCGCAUCUCCGGGCUUAUCUACGAGGAGACCCGUGGGGUGCUGAAGGUGUUUCUGGAAAAUGUGAUCCGGGACGCGGUCACCUACACGGAGCACGCCAAACGCAAGACUGUCACCGCCAUGGACGUGGUUUACGCGCUCAAACGCCAGGGCCGCACCCUUUAUGGUUUCGGCGGCUAAAUCUUCAUCCAGCAAGAAUACUGGAGUGAGUUGCCAUUUCCUAUUCCAGGGGAUCUUCUCGACUCAAGGAUCAAACCCGCGUCUCUUGAGUCUCCGGUAUUGGCAGGCAGCUUCUUUCGCACUGUGCCACCUGGGAAGCCCAAAGUAUUUAUUGCAAAUUGCCAGAAACUGCUGGGGUGCUGCUGGUCGCUGACAAGCCAAAUUAAUUAAAUACAUCGUCGGAAAGAGCCUGGGUGUUAGUUCUUAGUGUUUGCAGUGAGCGACGCCAGGAUCUGCGCUCUGAUCUCUGCAGCCCCACCACCUCCUUGUCCUCCUCCGGGUCGCGCCCCAAACCUCCGUACUUCUCGAGUUUGAGCCAUCCAUCAUGCUGAGUGCCAUGACCCCUCGUAAACCUAGUGGUCUUGGUUUCUGAAGUGUCUUGGCAUUGCUGAUUUUCAUCCUCAGGCUGGAGGCCUCUGGCUAAGCAGUUUGUAAAUUUCCAUUUAGUAUAUUAAGCGAUUCUAUUCUGAACACUUAGGCCUCUAGCAGGGCCUUUGAGAUUGUAGGCAGACGCUUCCUCCUCCCUCCCUCUUAAGUGGCUCUCUUUCACUUUCAGCUUCAUUCCAGUUGGUCUCUCUCUGUACUCUGCUGUAAAUUAUACUUUAAAAUGAAACUUUCAAAGAUGACAAUAUGGUCACAGAAGUUUUUUUGACAUGUGUCUUCAAAUUGAUAAACCAGCCGACUGACAAUAA